CUCAUCUCCCUUCCCCUUCUUAUCCGAUCUCGCUGCAGACUCCAGAAAAAACCCGUCCACUCAUCUCCCUUCCCCUCAUUCUCUCCAUUCCCAUGGCCCUCUCAUCCGAAUCUGUUGGCGGCGGCCAUGUAUCUGAGAACGAAUUAAUUUUCAUUGAAAGCGACGACGAUGGUGUGGACGAUUCAAAGGAGGCUGAAAUCAUCUAUUACCAUGAAGAGGAAGACGUCAUAAUCAUUGCUGGGACUAAGAAGACGCAGUUGAUGCUAGACGACGGCCAGAGGUAUGAGAUACUCGCAAUGGAGACUUCUCCGGGGAUCUACAAACCUUGGGAUCCGAAGAAAGAUGUGAUGAAGUACAUGCAACCCACUUCAAAUCUGAACUCUUCGGUCUCAGAGAUCAAUUCCAAGAGUAAUGUGGCCAUGGCUGCAGCAGGAUGUACAAAAGGAAAAAGCAGAAAGGCACAUCUUUUCCAACAUGGUAUUGAUAAAUCAUAUACAUGUUGGAUAUGGCACGGAGAGCUAAAUCCAGAUGAUGAACCCCCUCACCCACACAAUAAACGUGUUCAUGACUCAUUUGACGAUGGAACAGAAGAAAACAGCAAAGAAGAUGGUGAGGACAGGUCUUUUGAAUACUCUGAUUUCAUGAACCAUGUCCAAGGGGAUUCUGAACCCCUUUACCUGGGAUGCAAGACCUACACUAAGCUGAAGGCACUAGUGAAAUUAUAUAACUUGAAGGUUUAGUUUUUUGGUUUUCAUGAUGUGCAGAAGGAAAUGUGAAGAAUAUUUCCGGACGGAUCAAAAAGGAAAGUGGGAAGAAUAUUUCCGGACGGAGGGAGUAUAAAAGAAGCAAAAAGAAUGGGUUGAAUACGGAGACGGAUAGAGACGAGAGAACAGAUCGGAGCAGAGCAGGUGCCGACCUAGGGUUCCGACCCUAGGUCCGGCGACGGCAAUUGCACAGCGGUGACGACGACGGGAGGUCUGGACGGCAACUCCGACACUAGGCAUAUUCUGAGCGGCGGCCAUGGAUGGAGAAAUUUCUUUGGCAGCCAUUUCUUUUCUUUGGCAGUGAACGAACGGAUGAAGGAGCAAUACUCAGGGGAGCAAUUUUCUCCUUUUUAAUUUUAUUCUUUAAUUUAAUUAAGACUUUCCAAUUUA